AUGGUGAGUUCUUCAACAACGAUUUCUGCUUCUUUUGUAUCAAAGAGGUCUCGAUCUCCUGAACCACCUCAAAAGAAGGUUAUGCUCAGGAUCAAGACCCAACAGGAUGGAGGAGAGGAUGUCUACAAAAUUGGAAGAAAUACAUCUCUGAAGAAACUAAUGGAUGCUUACUGCGAAAAGCGAAACUUCGAGAGAGCGACUGUCAGAUUCAUCUACAAUGACAGAGAGCUCAAGCCACGAAACACUCCUGCUCAGCUGAUGAUGGAAGAUGGCGAUUUCAUUGAUAUUGUCACCGAUCAAGGCGGUGGUUAA